CCCUGGAGUCCUGCGUUUUUGCCCUUCCUUGCCCGUUUCCUCCCCGGCCAUGACAGAACGACGCGACCAAACUAUGGACCCCGCAGAUAUAAGGACCCUCUCUGAGCAAGAAGAGAAGAUCCAGGAGCUCAAGGAUUUCUCCGAGAGAAUUGUUCAGGCCCCCACCAGUCACCACCGGUUAAUACAAUUAGCUUUCUGUUGUGGACUUAUUUCGUCCUCCACCUGGCUCCUCACCCAUCCUCACACCGCUUCACUUGCCCAUUCAAUAAUCAUGCUCCGAAAGAACCUACAAUAUGAACUGCACAAUAUUGGCCGCCCAGUCCAGGGCAGGGACUCAAAUUUUUUUCUUCAAGCCAUCACUAAUGCACCUCUCCUGCAGCCAGACGGCUUAUCCUCGUCUCCUCCUCUCCAUGGCCCCUCAUCGCCACCGGCACUGCCUUGCUCUCCGGCCCUGCCAUCUUCCAUUCCACUCACCUCUCCCCAAGACCCGAGCGGUAUAACGCCGCGGACAUUGUCACCGCUUCACGCACAGGCCACCACCUCCGUGAGUACCACCGGGCUCGAUAUUAUUGCGGCAAGUGAUGAGACUUUUUCCCACUCCACCGUCGCGCAGCCCGACCUCUGUUGGCUGCCGCAAGAUGUAGAAAUCAUUGAUUCUCCUCUGCUAGUGGACAUUCUGGAUGCAGAGAAUCGUGCCUCCCACUCCAACAGAAAGCGGAGGAAGCAGCGCACCCGGCAUCGUCACGCUCCCCCCCGGUCGCGCUCGCCCCUGUCUGCUGUGAUGCCAGCUCGUCUCCAGGAGCCCCAGGUUCCGCCAGCCUCUGUGAAGCCGGGGAACGGGUCCUGA